UCGAGUCCUCAUGACCCUUCCACAGAAGUUUUUCCAGGAAAGAAGUGAAUGAGUUACAUUUGAAACAGAUUCUUAUCAAGAGGAACACUUGAGCAUGCCAUAAUGCCUUCCACUGAAAAUGAUAUGUGUAAUCAUGUAAAGGUUUUUAUCCGUGUCCGGCCUGAAAAUUUAAGAGAGCAAAAUGGAAGGCACCACAAAGUUGUACAUGUAGUUGAUAAGCACAUGUUGGUUUUUGAUCCCAAAGUGGAAGAAAUUAACUAUUCUUAUGGCUGUAAAGUUCAGCGCCGUGACUUAAACAAAAGAAAAAAUAAGGAUCUCCAAUUUGUCUUUGACCGAGUUUUUGGUGAUGACUGCUCACAGUCGGAUAUAUUUGAAGAAACAAAAUCAAUACUAGAAAGUGUUUUUAAUGGAUAUAACUGUACAGUCUUUGCAUAUGGUGCAACAGGAUCUGGGAAAACGCACACCAUGCUAGGAUCACCUGGACAGCCUGGGGUGAUGUAUCGAACUAUGAACGAAUUAUACAAUCGAAUAGAACAGGUGAAAGAUGAGAAAUGUUGUGAUGUUGCAGUCUCGUAUUUGGAGGUAUACAAUGAGGAGGUCCGAGACCUAUUGACGAAUUCCAGAUCACUGGCAGUGCGAGAGGACGCUCAAAGUGGAGUUAUUGUCCAGGGGUUAACACUACACAAGCCUACAUCUUCAAAACAGCUCCUUCAGAUGUUGGAUUAUGGGAAUAAAAAUAGAACACAACAUCCGACUGAUGUCAACGCCAAUUCUUCACGUUCUCACGCUGUCUUUCAGAUUUAUUUAAGGCAGCAAGAUAGAACUGCAAACAUCAAUCAAAACAUUAAAAUUGCAAAAAUGUGCCUCGUUGAUUUAGCUGGAUCAGAGCGUAUUAGUGCUAUGAAUGCUAUGAAAGAAGCUCGCUUCAGGGAGGGGGCAAAUAUUAACCAAUCUCUCUUGGCUCUGGGAAAUGUCAUCAAUGCCUUAGCAGAUUCCAAGAGCAAAAAACAACAUAUUCCCUACAGGAACAGUAAAUUAACAAGGCUAUUGAAGGAUUCUCUGGGAGGAAAUUGCCAGACAAUAAUGAUUGCUGCUAUCAGCCCAUCUUCUUUAUCUUACGAUGACACAUAUAAUACUCUAAAGUAUGCCAAUAGAGCAAAAGACAUCAAAUCUUCAAUAAAAAGCAAUGUCUUGAAUCUGAAUAACCAUGUGGGUAAAUAUGCAAAGAUUUGUGAGGAGCAAAGGAAAGAGAUUACAGAGCUCAAAGAGAAAUUGAAAGCUUAUGAGAGUGAAAAAUUGUUGGUUCGUAAUAACCAUGGACGAAAUGUUAUAGUUGGUUCAAAUCCAAAGGAAACUGAAAUAAAAAGAUUUGAACGAGUCCUUGAAAAUAUCUUCAGCAAUCGACAGAAAAUCAGGAUUACCUGCUUAGAUUUAGAACUGAGGCUGAAAGAGAUGGAACUAAAAAUAUAUUAUUAUCAACGGUACCAGCAACAUGCCAAACUGUUUUCCCGUGAGCCUAUAACAGAAAAGGCAUCUUGCAAGCAUGAACGUAGGCUGGCAGCAUUAAUUACACAACACAAGCAUAUACAACAAAAGACAGAAACUGUGGAGAAAAUGCUCGAAGAAAACAAUAACUGGCUGCACCGUGUGGAGAAUGAAAUGUGUUUAUUGGGCCAGGAUGGAAAGAUGCCUCAGGUCCUUAAUCAAGAUCUACAGUGCAGUCAUUUAAAGAUGGAAGUAAUGGACUUAAAACGUCAAAUUCAGCAUAUGACUCAGUUACUUUCUUUUCAAAAACCAGAGAACAGAAGAACAGAAAAGCUUAUAAACACUUUGCUUCCUGCAUUCUGCCAACAGUAUCAAACACUGAAAGAAACUGGACUUGCUUCAGCAGCUGCUGAGGAUGCAUUUGUGCAAGUGGAGCAGUUAGUACAACAGGAGAACGGGAUUGCAUGGGAAGAUCAGAUUAUGGAAAUACCAGAGCAGUUACCUGAUGGACAGCUAAGCAUUUCCUCCAUCAUGAAUUACUCCCAGAUCACCUAUUGCCAGACUGCACCAUGUAGCUCAAAAAGAACUCCUUCCAGAAGUUUACAGGCGACGACUGUAAAAGUCAAAAAGGAUAAAUCUCCUGAUCAAUUAAAAUCAUCAAUAGAUGCGAAGGGAAAUCUGUUAUCAAUGGGAAAAGAAGGCAGAGUUUCUACUUACAAAUCCUCCAGGCGACGGCUAGAUCAAUCAUUAUUAACUUGCAGCGAUCUAGAUAAUCGUGCUGCACAAAACUCCAACCUUGCGCAGCUAAAUGAUAGCCUCUCCAAAGAAGGGUUAGGACUUAUAAACUAUACACCGGAGAACUGCAAGUCACAGAUCACGCAAGUUUCCUGUCAACUGCCUAUCUCAAAGCUACAGGUCCAAAGAGCAGAUUGUCUCAGAGAAGAGGAAGGGAGAAACCUGAGUGACACAGAGAACCCUGCCUCUGGAAUGAAUGAGAAUCUAAUAAAUGUUACGGACAAUAUAGGAGAAUGCAGCCAGUCUGCCACAGACACAACAGGAGCGCAGCACUUGUUUGUGAAUAAAACCAGUUGUAACAGGAUAGUCACUGGUUACAAUGCAUCAUACAAGCACUCCAAGAAUCACAGAAGCUUCCUGCAAAGGUUGGGUCUCCCAUCAUUGCUAUCUUCAAAUGGAGCAAACAGCAAGCCUUCUUAUAUGGCUUUAACAUCUGCUGCCAGGAGAAAAAGGAAAUCUGAAAGUUUCAUAAGACAGGGAGAUGACAAUGGAGGACUUCUUGCAGCAAAGCGUGUAUGUCAAGACAUGUUACCUGUUAUGGAGAAUAAACCUACACGAAUGCUACUACCAGGAAAACCACAGAACCGCAGAGAGGAAUACUUGGCUAAAAGAAAACGUAUUUUAAAAGGAGACCUCACUUGCAAAGGUCUAACAAAUAAUAUAGGCAAAAGAGGACAUGGGAAAUCUGUGCAGCAUAUCUAAGCUGCAGGUUACAAAUAUUGUAUCCAAACAGUCACUGGGUAGUAGCGAACUUGAAUAUUGCUGAAAAGGAAGUUAUGUUGCUGAAGUUUUUCGUCUUGUACUCAUCAGGACAAACACAAGAAUGCCAAAUUUUAAAUGACAGCAACUCCAGGAGAAAAGGGUGUUGAUUGGUUGGCAAAUCUGAUUAGCUGAGGGUUUGCAAUGGGGAAGACAACAGGGAGCAAAAGACUCCCCAUGGUCCCAUGUAAUUCAAAAAAGACGCCAGGCUUGAACAUUUUCUUUUUUACAGAGAAUGGAUCCCUGCAUAUGAAUAUAUGUCACUUUUAGUAAGUUUAAGUGAGCCACAUUACUAGCUCAACUGAAUAUCUUAAAUUUGUUGUUAGUGUACCUAUUACCGCACUCAGGAUUCUUCAGCAAGUGCUGCCCAAUUGCGGAAUCAUCGCCAACGGUAGACAUUUUGUUGUGAUCAUUUGAAAUUUGGCAUUCUUCCAUUUGUCCCAAUGAGUGCAAGGCGAAAAGCUUCAGCAACAUGAGUCAAUUUUCAGCACUAAACAUAGUAUUGUCUUAUGUAGCUGUCCUUUGAGACCAACAUAGUUUUUAUCUUAUUCUAAAUGAAAUGGACUGGACUGUGUUCUUGAUCUGUGGAAACCAUUGAUUGGAAUUUAUUUCCUUUAAAAUCUACCUUGAUUUGCUUCAAAACUUGUGAUCACCCAAGUAACCAUCAUUGAAGUAGUUCUGCUUCAGUUAUCUGUGUACAUAGAGAAGAAAUGUGUUUUGUGUAAAAUAGUGAUACAUUUCAAUGCAAUAAACAAGCUUUUAACAUGA